AUGUGGAAUUAUUCAAAUUCAUAUUUUUAUCCCUCAAACCGUCAAUUGGUGUCCCUUUUACUUCUCAGCUUCGGUGUCGGCUUUUAUUUCGGAACUUCUAUCUUUAAUGAAUGGUCUCUCGAGUCAAUAGUUUUUGACGAAGAACCUCAAAACCAAAGAAAAAUCGAUACUCAAGAGCAAAAAAGUCACGAUCCGCACGUUCAUGACGACUCAGAAGUGCUUAAAGAGCUCAAAAAUGACGUCAAAGUGAUUUGUUGGAUCUUGAACGAUCAUUUAGCGAACAAUGCAACUCCCGCAAUCGAGACAUGGGGUAAAAGAUGCACCAAAUUAAUCGUCUUAAGCACAUCCGCAACAGAAAAUUUCGGCAAUACGGAGUUUAUGAAGGUCGAAGAUGGGCAAUCGCCGUGGUUGCGAACAAAAAUGGCCUUUAAAUAUAUUUACGAAAAAUAUUUCAAUGAAGCUGAUUGGUUUUUAAAAGCUGAUGAUGAGACAUACGUCAUCAUGGAAAACUUACGUCACUUUUUAUACCCGUUCGAUCCAAAUUUCCCCAUUUAUUUCGGAUGUCGUCUCAAGUCAACCAACCCUAAAGAUACGGUGCAAGGUUACAUGGACAAAGGUGCUGGUUACGUAUUGAGUAAAGAAGCUCUCAAGCGUUUUAUCGAAGAAGCUUUGACAGAUCCGAGCAAAUGCAAUCAAGAUAACGGCGGAUUUGAAGACAUAAAUAUGGGAAAUUGUCUCGCAAACGUGGGAGUUGUUGCUGGAGAUGCUCGUGAUGCCGAAGGAAAAAACAGAUUUUUGCCUUAUAAAUUGACAGAACACAUGUUUCUGGAAAAAAAGGAACACAUUAAUACCUGGUAUAAGGGAAAUAGCUUUUAUCCGAUUAAGAAAGGGCUCGAUUGUUGCUCGCACAGCGGGAUUUCCUUCCAUCGAGUCGGCAAAAAUCACAUGUACGGAUUGGAAUAUAUGAUAUAUCAUCUGAAGCCAUACGGAAUAGAGCCAGAAUGGGAGCUGGGAGUGCAAAAAAUGAGCAUUAGUCAAAUGGAAGAAAAGUUUAAAUUAAUAAAACACAAAAAUGUUACUUAUUAUACUUCUAAUGAUACAUCAAGCGAUAAAAUUGAUCUCUACCAAGAAGUUCGAGUACUUUGUUGGAUAAUGACCAAUCCAAAAAACCACAAAAUCAAAGCAAUUCAUGUUUUAAAGACGUGGGGCAAAAGAUGCAACAAAAUUUUAUUCAUGAGUAGUGCGAAAGACGACGUAUUAGAUGCAGUAGCGUUACCUGUUGAAGAAGGAAGAGGCCAUUUAUGGGAAAAAACAAAGGAAGCGUUCAAGUAUAUUUACAAAAAUCAUCUGAAUGAUGCUGAUUGGUUCUUAAAAGCUGAUGAUGACACUUAUGUUAUUGUCGAGAACUUACGCACCUUUCUAUACCCGUUCGACGCAAAUUUCCCCAUCUACUUCGGUUGUAAAAUAAAAUCGAAAGAAAAAUCUCACCAGUUCAUGUCUGGAGGAGCAGGUUACGUUUUAAGUAAAGCAGCUAUGAAGAAAUUCAUCGAGGAAGCCAUUCCAAAUAAGACCAAAUGUGAAAUAUCACAAGAUAAAACGGCGGAAGACGUGACUUUGGGAAAAUGCUUAGAACAAGUAGGAGUCACAUUAGGUGAUGCACGUGAUAAAAACGGUAGAAGUCGAUUUCUGCCAUUCUCUCCUGCUGAUCAUUUGACACCAUAUCAUAACGUUAAAGAUAAUUGGUAUUACCGAAGAUCCUUUUAUCGAACGACAGAAGGGCGAAAUUGUUGCUCCGAAUCGGGAAUUUCGUUUCAUUAUAUUGAUCCGAAAAUGAUGUAUGUAAUGGAUUAUUUGAUCUAUGACUUAAAACCACAGGAAAAUUUGCUGAAAUCAUCGCAGUUAAAACGAAAAAUGACGCUGGAAGAAAUGAAAAAGAAAUUUAAAACUUGA